ACAAAUCAUUGCUGUAUAGGACACUCUUUAAUCUUUCUCGGCACUUCUCGCUGCCUGUCUGAUAGGCUCAACCUCGACUCCUAUAGUACUUGCGGUUUAUUGACCCUCUCCGAGUCCAGGUCAUAACCUGGUGGAUUAUAAGCGGCGCCACCAUCCAUGCAACACAGUCUGACCAUCUCAAAUUAAAACCGCAUGUCUCCCGCCGCAGCGAGUAGUGCGCUUAAAGCAGAGAUGACUGCAAUGCAGAACGGCGACAGAACUCAUGGUGAUACUCAGGGGAAUUCAAACAGCCGCGAAAUGAAAGAGGAACCGAUGAUCAUCCCCGCUCAGAAUCACAGGCAGGACAAAUCCAUGGAUCUAAGGGAAGGCUCCCGUCAUAGCAUUACCUUUGAUUCCGAGGACGAGGACUAUCACGAGAGUACCAUCGAUUUCCUACGUCGUUCUAAACAAAGACGUUUCUCUGCCGACGGACCUCGACCCUAUUUAACAGUGUCCGGAGAUGACUUUCAGGGUCCUAGUGACCGUUCCAGCCCACGCGUCCACUUUCACUCUCGUGUACGAAUAACUGCUGGUGUGCGUGGACACAGACGGCUUUCUGAUGGACUGCCGUCUGCUGCAUCGUCAAUAUCGGGUUCGCCUUGUUCAUCCAUUUCUGCACCGUUGCGCUCUCCGAAUGCCGCAAGUUCGAAAGGAUGGGGCCCACUAGGGCAGCGAGUGAGUAUUCUGGCAUCACAAAGCUAUGCUUCGGAGCCAUCAUUACCCACUGGUCGGCGGAAAACACGACCCAAAAUCAAGCCGUCGGAACCGCAUCACAGUCCUGUGAAUGAACACACCCCACUCUUACGAUCCCCUUGCAGGUACUCGUAUGCAAGAGGGUAUAACGAAGAUGACGUGGUGGAUGAAGACGUGGAGAGGGAGCGUGAGCGGCGAGAACGUGUGAUAGAUGAAACCUUCGGCAAGUGGCCAGGGAGACUAUUGAACCGCCACUGGUGGUGGUGGCAACUUGAGCCACUUGUUUGCUGUCUCUGUGUUGAUUGCACUGACGUCGAGGAUUGACAUCAAAACUCCGCGCGAAAUCUCUUGUUCUCACUCAAGCAUGUCAAUAUGUUGGCAUACCCUUUGCUUUAGUGCUACUUUCGGUCCAUCUACAGACUACCUUGUAUACUAGCAUCACAUUAUAUCCAAUAUAUGCUUGUUGAAAGAUAUUGGUCUAUAUCCGCUAUCGAGAUCCUUGUUCUAUUAUUAUCAU